CCCAACACAAAGAGGUUUGCAAGACACAACAAUCAGCCGCAUCCUGCCCCUAUGAUCCUAGUCACCACUCAUCUUCCAUCUCAGUAGCUAGUAGCUUCUACUCAGCUGUCACUCACACACACACACCGCCGCCUCCAUCACACGCAUGCAGAAGGCAGUGGCAGUGUUCAGCAGGGUUGUUGUGGUGGUGGUCUUGCUGAUCUGGGGCGCGGCCAGCAAGGAUGGUGGUGGCCAGCCCGCCUCUCUCCUUCGGCCUGACCCAAGACAGUGGGCCACGAGUCAGACAUGGGAAAGACAAGGCUUUCUGAAUUGGCUGAUUGGAAACAGUAGCGGUGAUGGCGGCGGCGGCAGGCGGUCCCGAAAUCACAAGGAGCCAGAGUGGGAGGCGUAUGACGGCUGGUACAACAAUCUGGCUCGCCCUAGCUCCGGCGCCGUGGAUACGCUUCUCCUGCGCCUGCUACCAGCUGCCUACAGUGACGGUGUGUACCAGCUGGUGAACCGCUCCACCAACCCCCUCACGCUGAGUGACCAGUUGAUGAGUGGCGACAAUGGCAACCACUCCACGGGAGGCAGGACUGCCUUCCAAGUCUUCUUCGGGCAGCAAGUGGUGGAGGAGAUCCUGGACGCGCAGGGAGCUGGCUGUCCCCCGGAGUACCACAACAUUCCCAUCGAGGAAGGCCACGAGUACCGCCACCACCCGCCCUACCUGAGGGAGAUGCCCUUCCUCAGGACGCGUUAUGACGCCACCACUGGCCUGUCGCCCAACAACCCGCGCCAACAGCUCAAUGAGGUCACACCAUACCUGGACGGGGGACUGAUAUAUGGCACCUCCAAGGCCUGGGCUGACAUUCUACGCACCUUUCCUGAUGGCACCCUGGCACCGAGGGGACAGCUGGCCUGGAAUAAAGAGCUUGGACCGGGCUUCCCAGCACGGAACACAGAGUGGCUGCCAAUGGCCAACCCUCCACCCCCGACCAACCACUCCCAGUAUGUGGCCCAGGAACACACGGCACCGGUGGACAGGUUCUUCAAGCUGGGCAACCAUCGUGGAAAUGAGAACCCCUUUCUGUUGACGUUUGGCAUCUUGUGGUUCCGCUGGCACAACCACAUUGCUCGCUACCUGGCCAAUCACUACCGUGCUUGGUCAGAUGAGAAAGUGUUCAAUGAAGCAAGGAAGUGGGUGAUUGCCACCUAUCAGGCUGUGGUCUUCUAUGAUUGGCUUCCAAAGUACAUCCGCACAAACUUACCUCAAUAUAAAGGAUACAAGGCGACCACAGAUCCACAGAUCAGCCAGGGGUUUCAGUCAGCUGCCAUGAGGUUUGGCCACACGUUGGUGCCUUCUGGGGUGCACCUUCGGACGCGGAGCAAGGAAGGGUGUGUCUCUCGGUCACACCGCCUCACCCAAGGCAAAGGACACCGCGUGGAUGGUGUCAGGACCUGCAACUCCUUCUGGCGAUCUCCUGAACUCUUCGCUCAUGACGGUGACAACUUUGAACGCUUCCUGCUGGGUAUGAGUAGCCAGAGUUCUGAGAGGGAGGACAAUAUCGUGGUGGAGGAUUUGAGAGGCCGUGUGUUUGGGCCACUGGAGUUUUCUAGGCGAGAUCUAAUGGCACUCAACAUCCAACGAGGGAGAGACCACGGCUUGCCAGAUUACAACACAGCACGACAGUCUUUUGGCCUGAGUCGCCUCCAGUCGCUGGACCCAAGGGAGUUCAGAAGGAAGACUGGCUCUGAAGUGGACAUCUCGGUUUUGAAGAAGCUGAAGAAACUGUACCAGAAUGACCCAAGCAAGGUGGACAUCUGGGUUGGUGGGCUGCUGGAGACUCGCAGUUCAGCGCCAGGAGAUCUUUUCUCAAGUAUCAUCUUGGACCAGUUUGAACGCAUCCGUGAAGGUGACCGAUUUUGGUUUGAAAAUAACAACAACUUGUUCACACCAGAGGAGCAGGAGAGGUUGAGGCAGACCCGGAUCAUUGAUGUGCUAUUGACAGUCACAACUCUCCUGCCGGAAGAUGAUAUUCAGCUGGAUCCCUUCACAGCUGUGCAUGACAACAACAGUGUGAGUGAAGAGUGUCUGCAGGAGCUCACCUUAGAGGCUCGGUGUACACUGCCCCAGGGGAACACCACUCGCUGCCGGUACUUGCCUCAGAUCAAUAGCUUUAAUGCAGAGAACUGCACUCCACUCCACACCUAUGACUACUUCUCUGGCUCAGAGGUCUCUUACAUCCUCACCUUCACCUCUGUUCUGGGAGCCUGUUUGGUUAUGUUUGUGUGGAUCCUUGUGAAGAACAGAUCGCUGGCUGAUGAUAUCACACGAGACUCUCUAAGGAACAUAGUAUUACCUGACAAUGUUCAUAAGGCAAAAGAGAAAGUGACAAGAAUGAAGAGUCGCUAUGUGGUGCUGGAGCUGGACAAGGCCACCAGCCACCUGCAGGUGAAGAACAUUCAUCUCAACCUCCUGAGGACCAUUGACCUGAGGAAUGUGAAGGCAGUGAUGGUGCGCCACCUCAAGGACUGCCAGGAGCUGAUCGUCAGUGUGGCCAACCAUUAUGACCUGAGCCUUGUGUUUGAGGGUGCCUUGCAGGGCAGGAAGUUCUUUGAUGACCUGAAGGAGUUUUGUGAAAAUUUGAAUCUUACCUUCAAACACAAACAGGAAGAUCGCCUUACUAUAAAGUUUGGAGUGACAACAGUGUAUGACCGACAGAAGAAGCUGGCUGAUCUGUGUCGCUUUGUGAUCCAUAAUACUGUGGAUGAUAAGAAGGCUCCCAUGAAGAUGCAGCAAAAUAAGAGUUUUUUCGUUGAGAUCACUUUGGAUGAGUUGGCCAACGAGCUGGGAAUGCUGCCCAACAACAUCUUCGUCCAGCAGUUGUUCCGCCGCAUGGACACCAACAAGGAUGGCUUCAUCACCGUCAGGGAGUUCUGGGAUGUGAUGGAGGUGCUGGCCAAGGGAAAGCCUGAGGAGAAGGCAAGACUUGUGUUUGACAUCUAUGACAUCAAUCAGUCCAACUGUCUUUACUUGGAAGACCUUGUGAGACUUGUCUGUUCCAGCUGUGGGUACGACAGCACAGACGGCAAUGCAGAGUCAGUGGCGAAGAUGAUGAUGAUGUCAGCUGGAGUGUUGGAGGGUGAGGGCAUCACCUUUGAGAAUUUCAAAAAUAUCGUCCUGCGUCCAGGAAGCCUUUUCAGCCGUGUUUACCUUCACUUCGGCGGCAGGGUCAAGCCUAUCUCUCGCACCUUCAGCUUCGAUAGCAAGGCACCAAUCAGGGAACGCCUUGAGAGUGAGGCAGGGAAUGGUGAGGAAGAAGGUGGUGAUUCUGCCUUCUCCCAGUGGUACAAUGGGUGGAUCAACAGCAUACGGAACAGGAUACAAUAUGUCUUCUGGCUCGUGCUGUACACCAUUGUCAUGCUCCUCAUAUUUGCGGAGAGAGCAUACUUCUUCUCUGUGGAAAGGGAGCACAGAGGCCUGAGGAGGAUAGCAGGGUACGGAGUGACAGUGACUCGAGGAGCUGCCUCUGCUAUGAUGUUCACCUACUCCACACUGAUUGUCACCAUGUGUAGGAACCUGCUUGCUGUCCUCAGAUCCACCUUUUUCCAACGCAUCAUUCCAUUUGACCACAUGGUGAAGUUCCACCGGUACAUGGCGUCCUGGGCACUGGUGUGGACUGUGGUGCACAUUGUGGGCCACGCUGUCAACUUUUACCAUAUCUCCACCCAGACUGCAUCUGAUCUCACCUGCCUCUUCCGUGACUUCUUCAGAAGUUCACAUGUGCUCCCCAAGUUCCACUACUGGUGCUUUGAGACCAUCACAGGCUUCACUGGUGUGCUGCUCACCCUCCAAACAGCUCUCAUCUACAUCUUUGCUUACUUUGGGAGGGCAAACUUCUUCCGUCAUUUCUGGCUGACUCACAACACCUACCCUAUCUUCUAUGUGCUGUUUGUCCUUCAUGGCUCAGGGAUGCUAGUGCAGCGACCUUUCUUCCACUACUUCUUCCUGGGGCCCUGCAUUCUCUUCGUCCUGGACAAGCUGGUCUCCAUCUCGAGGAAUAAGAUAAAGAUUGAUAUCAUCAGUGUCAUGCACCUGCCAUCUGAUGUAAUUCGUCUAGAGAUUCGACGUCCUCCCAACUUCAGUUUCCAAUCCGGCCAGUGGGUGAAGAUUGCUUCAACUGUUAUCAGUGAACAGGAGUACCAUCCCUUCACCCUGUCCUCUGCACCUCAUGUGAGGAACCUCACCCUGCACAUCCGCACAGUGGGGCCUUGGACCAGGAAGCUUGCUGAGGUGUAUGAAGAAAAAAUAGGGAAUGAGAAGUCUCUCUCUUGA